AUGUCAACAGAUACAAGAAGAAGAAGAAAUCAGAAGAAAAAGCAAAAGCUGAAGCAAAAAAAAGCUGAAAGACGGUUAUCAGAGCGCGUUGGUGUUAAUAACAAUGAGCCUUUCUUGGCUGCUUCCUCUGCUUGCGAACUUAUGGGUAGUUUAUCAUCUGUUGAGUCAAAUGGCGCUCAAUUUACGGAAGGAAUGACUGACAAUGAAAUCGCUGAUGAUUUGAAGGUAUUAAACACUGAAAUGCAACAUAUGACAUCAAUUACAGAAAGGUUCAGAUCAAUUCCGGAGGUACCCAGUGAAUUAGAAGACGUCAGAAGAAAUGAACAUUCUGAAGUCAUACAGGAUAACACAUCUCCACAGAACGUUAAAGGUGAUUCAGUUGAUGAGCUGAUACAUCAAUAUGGUGCUCCAACAGGUGGCUCAAACCUAAAGAUAGACAUAGUGGAUUUCGCUCAAAAGACUGUAAAUGUCCUUCCAGUUAAUUCGGAAGAUCAUCAGGUUGAUGAAUUAUUCGCGGGGAAUACCGACGAUACCAAAAUGCCUUGGGAUGACCUUACUACUACAGAAAACAACUUUCAGCAGUCUCAUAUUCAUGAGUCUGAACUUUUGAUUGAUGAAAAUAAGCGUGUUCUAGAAACAACUUCGAUUGCUCCUGAAGUGUCGAUUGAUUCCUUAUUUGAUGAGCCCACAUCACAUAUCGAUUUUCUAAAAGAAUUGUCUCGACCUAUAGAAUCAACAACUAAUGGCCCUAAAAUAUAUAAUGUUCAAAUUAGGCCUGCAGAAAAUGUGGCUCAGUGUGCUACUACAAAGGAAUCGGACUUAGAUCAUGGUGACACCCUUUUUGGAGAUGCUUCUCCUUCCAACCUUCCUUGGGAACAACCUGCAGAAGACAGCAAAGAGCCAAGUGUUUUACUUUCUGACCAUAAAGAGGAUAGCAAUGGAAACGGUAACAAGCAUGUACCGAUCAUGGAUGAAUUAUUUUCUGCUACAUCUAUUCAGGAGAAAAUUCCCUGGAAAGAAGCUGAUGUUCCAAAUACUAUGAAACCUGCAAGUGUGCCUCAAGAACAUCAUGAUAAUAAUAAACAAGAAGCCAAUUCAGAUGAAGCAGUGAAGAAGUUUUCAUUUCUGGAUGACGAUGACGAUUUGUUAAAAGAUGAGGAUGAGCAAGAAGAUGAUGAUAAUGGCAGUAACAAAAGUGGUGAUAUUUCUGAAGCUCAAGAUGAUGACAGCUUUUUGGAUUCAGAUGAGGAGCUACCUUCAGUAUCUCAAGUAGGUGGAAGUAAUUCCUAUCUUCCAAAGGGGCCUGGUCCCGGUUUUACCCAAUCUAUGCAAAAUGCCCAAGGUUCGUCUUAUUCUGUUAAUUCACACACUACAUCUGCAUAUACAGCAACUAUGCCAAAGCAAAGCAUUAUUUCUAGUAUAUCUACUCCAGAGACCCAAAAAAAUAUGAGAUAUGCACCUCUAGUCCAGGCUUCAAUCCAGCCUUAUCCUCAACAAACCGUACUUCAAGGCAGACCAAAUAUUUUUGGUACUGAUCCACAAGACCAGAGCUUAAUAAAGCCUGUUCCCCAUGAAUCGAUAAGGAAACUAGAAGAGGAAAAGAAGAAAUCUGAUGCAUAUGAUUUUCCUCUUGAUUUGGUCAAAAAAAAUGAAAAACAAUCUGCAAGACCGGUUGGGGUUCCUUCCGGGGUGAAUUCUCUUGUUACAAGUCCUCGUGUUUCUGCACCACCACCCUUUUUAUCUAUGGGCCCUGUAAAGCAACUACAUGUUGACCAAACUUUAGGUCAGGAAAAACCAGCUGUCCCAGUUAUUCCUAUUAAGAAUCCAUAUCAGCCGAUUUCUGAAACCUCCACUCCUGCACUAACUCCACUGGUGGCCGGCUCGUCGCAUCAAAAGACGUUAUCCACUUAUAGCAAUAUAUAUGCUCCUGUGCCAAAUACACCGUUAUCCCAAAAUACCUCAGAAAAUUCGUAUGUGACAUCUGGUGCAGUUCCUCCUCCACCUAAGCUAUUUGUACAACCAGGGCAACCUCAGCAGUCUGGUCCUUACGGACUUAUGGCCCAUCAAAACACAAACAAAAAUGUUUUAUCCCCUCCCUCUCAAAAUGAACUGCCUAAGGAUCGCAGAUCAGUAGGUUAUGGAAUGACUUCAAGAGCAAGAGCCACAAGUAAUGCCUCCGUUAGUAGCAUUGGCUCUUACGGCACUCAAGCAAAUCCUUACACCCUCCAAGCAAACCAACAACGUAUUCAAUUUCCGCAGAAUCAAAUGCAUCUCCCUCAACCUGUUCCAGCACUUCAAACUUUGGGCCUUGGCGUUAAUGCUGGUUCAGCUGCACCUUCUCCAAGCACACAGAAGAGAACUCAUGCCCGGUCGAAUUCUAGCAUAUAUGCACCUGCACAAGCCCCUCAUGCAUCAAAAUAUGCUCCAACUGUUCAUCCCCAUUAUCAGCAGAAAUAUCAGGUAAAUAAUGGAAGCGUUCAAAAGGGUAUUCCUGCCGUUGUUCCUUAUGGGCGUCCUGUUGUAAAUAUCCAGACUCCUGCUACAGAUCCGGCUCCUGGGCCUGUUCAAGAUAACUACGAGUUAAGUCGCCGGCAAUUUCCAAUAUUCAACUGGAGUCAAACGGCCAAGAUUGUUUAUGCCAUGCCUGCAAAUCCUAAUUCUAGUGACUUCAUUGUUCAAUCCAACAAUGCCAUCAAAAACCUGACUGUUUGCAACUUUGAUUCGGUCUUGAAACCUGAUAUUGCUUUACGUGAAUUUCCUGGACCGUUAGUUAGAGGCAAAACGAGAAGGAAGGAUGUUGUCAAGUGGUUGGAAUUAAAGAUGAAAUUCCAACAAGAACAGCACGCAGGCAAAAAUAUGUUAUUGCUUGCUGUUUUAAAACAAAAGCUAGAAAACCAUGCCGCGCUGAAGGAAUUUUCCAAGGUUUUAUAUGAUUCCGAACAACUACUUCCUUAUCUCACACAACCAAAUCAGACUUCUAGAACUGCACCUAAUGCGUUCAAACUGGAAGCGAGUAGCCAACUGCAUAUUUUGGCUUCUUUGCAAACAGGCUCUCCUGAUGCUGCUUUAGACUUAGCCUUAAGUCAGAAAGAUUUUGCUCUUGCCUUAGUUUUAAGUAGUCUAUUGGGAAGGGAGACAUGGGCCAGUGUCGUUGACAGAUAUUUACAUGAAGAAUUCAACGACUCCACUUUCAGGAAUCCAUUUUCUGUGCAUUUGCUAGCUUUCGUAUUUCAGGUUUUUGCUGGAAAUUCUAAGAGGAUUUUACAGGAGCUCACUACUGAUCCUGUAAAGGGUAAUUGGAGUUUGCAAUAUUGGAAUAUGAUUUUGGCUGCAAUUUUGAAUAAUAUCAACAAUUCCUCUGAGGCCAUACCAAUACCACCUGUGGUAAUUGAAUUUUUAGUGGGAUUCGGCGUUUACUUGAUCCAACACAACCAAAUUGAGGCUGGUAUUAUAUGUUUCGUGAUUGCAAACGUCCCACUGUCACAAAAUGAAGUGAUUCCUCAGUCAGGUGUUAACUUUGCAUCUUUGGGUAGCAUUAACUCGUUGGAUGCUAUUCUGCUAUCUGAAGUAUACGAAUUUAGUUAUGUCACUGAAAAUGAGCAACUUACUCAUUUUCCAACGUUAUUAUAUUCAAAGGCUGUUCAUGCUGCAACGUUAUUAGAUUACGGUUUCGCCACGACUAUUUCUAAAUAUGUCGAUGUUAUUACUAAUUCCAUGAGAAAUUUGGCGAAGAAUACUUCUUUGUCAAUUGCUUUAUCAAAUCGCUUGGAGUUAAUAAACGUAAGAUUAUCUGGAAUCACUACUGGUUGGUUAGGCAAGCCUAAAUUUAGCAGCGUGUGGGGUCAAUUAGACAAGUCCUUUAAUAAAUUUAUUGCUGGAGAUAGUGAUGAUUCAAGCAAACAGCAUGAUAAGACUGUUUUUGAUAAUUUUACCCCAAAUGCUUCAAGAAACGCAUCAACACUUGAUUUAAACCAUAGUUUUACUCCAAUGAGACCACCUGUUGUAGGAAAUGCGUCUAUUCCACGCAGUCACUCUGAAUUGCCUUUGUCAAAUAAGAAUACCUACGCGCCUCAUUCGGUUAAUGAUAACCAUGUUAUCAGCUCAUCUCGUAUUGCUGGUACGGCUUCUGGAAACGAAAACGUAAACACACCAAUGGCCACUGUAACCGAUGGUCAAGUUCCUACUCUAAAAAUGACCCAUUCCCAGUAUAACCCUAGCAACCAUCAUUCUCCUAGAAACUCUGAUGAUUCUCACGGAUUUUUAGAUCAUGUCUGUCAAGCAGGUAUUCCAUCUCCAGCAAACUGUCACACUAGAAAUUCUAGUAUUCCUCAUGCGGUCACGCCUCCGCCAAUAUUUUCAGCACCUCCAAAGAAGCAAACAUGCAAAUAUGAAACUGGUACUGGAAGUACACUUUCUGUUGAUCAGCAAUAUUUAGAUCGCACACAUUCUGGGAAUUCACCUCCUAAGCCUCACAGUAACCCAACUGUUCAUGAUAUGAAUAUUACCCCUGCAAAGUUAGCUGCUAUGCAAACUAAUAGCUCGAUGACUGAUUUUUUUGCGCCACCCCCUAUGAACGUUGAUUCUAAACAAAGUGGGAAACCUUUUGCGCAUGGAAUCCUAUCCCACAGUAUUCCAUCCUCUUCUAGGCAGUCAUCAACAUUUUCUGAGGUCCCACCACCGCCUAAAAAAUCUGGAAGUGGUGUAUCAACGUCUCCUCGCAUAAAGAAAUCUGCAGUUAAUUAUGCACCGUCCAAUCAAUACGGCUCACUCGUGAGUCAGCCUAUAUCUGCAAAACUCCAAAAUUUGAGCGAUGAGGCUGAUGUUUCUGGUGCUUCACCCCAACCAGGAUCUGUUGGAGAAACUCCAGAAUCCUCAUCUGUUGGGCUGGGUGAUAAUACUGUCAUUCAUACAUCACCAGUUUACGACAAGAGACCACAAGCUUCAGUAAAAGAUGCUAACCCUUCACCAACUUCAAUGAAGCGAAUUAUAUUAUCCGAUCAGGAUGAAACAUUUAAAGAUGAACAUCUUCUAGAAACUAGAGCUGGAACUACUCAAGAUUCUGCAAGCACAAUAAUCAAAUACUUUUGUGAUGACGCUCCAAAUGAAAGUAUAACGGACACAAAACCCACACAAGGUGAUUUCAGUCCUGGGGCAACUAAAUCUACUUCAGUUAUUAAUGGGAAUUCCUUGAGUUCGGCAAACUUGCCUUCGAAAUCUGAACAUCUGGUUAAUGCCUCAAAAAAUGUAUCCAAAUAUGUUGAGAAACACGUACCUGUUUCGAAUCCGUACGCCACCAACAACAACUCCACUUCCGCUCUAUCAAGCGCACAUCCUGUUAGCAAUACUUCUUCCAGAAGAUCAUCUAUAAAUCCUUAUAUGCCCAAAUCAUUAAUUGACGAAUCAUUCAGUGGAACCACCAAACAAGAUGAUCCUGAAGGUUUUUCUAAGCCUAGUUUUGGGUAUAAAUUAUCCAAAUUCGGAUCACGCGACCAUAUUGGCAGUUCUGUCUCUGAACCUAUUCCGGAGUCCGAACAUUUAAUGUCACCAGUUUUGGCUCAUCCAGUUCCUAGGACUUCCAGGUUCGAACCUAUCAGGGAAAUUUAUAAAAAUGAAGAAGACAGUUUCAGAUCUGAUAAAGUUCCAGUAAUUCGAGCUGCAUCUAAUCCAAACUUUAAUCCUUAUACCCCAAGCGCUAGUGAACAAUAUUACGACGAUGUGGUUGAAGACGAAUCCGAUGAUGAUGACGAGCAAAAUGAUGACGAAAAAUUGAAACGGGAAAUGGACAGGAAGCAGGAAGUAGAGCGUAAAAAGGAAAAAGAGGCUGCAGCAUCGAAGGCAGCUUCUGAAAAGCCUACAACAAAAUCUCAGGCUAACGAUACAAGAGUCAACUCGGGCACACGUUGGUUCGGUUGGCUCAAGAAGGAUACCACCGAAAAGAAACCAAUCAGAGCGAAAUUGGGACAGAAGAACAAUUUUUAUUAUGACGAGAAAUUGAAACGGUGGGUCAAUAAGGACGCUGGUGAAGAAGAAAUAUUAAAGGUUUCAACCCCUCCUCCCCCUCCUCCUGUCGUUAAAAGGAAAAUUAACAACACUCCUGAGAUAAAGCCACGAUCUGGAUCAAUAGUAGGCGGGCCUGCGGUUAGAACUCAUGGGGCAGUUGCCCCAAUUAACCCACAAACGGGCGAGUGUAUUGCAAGUACUUCUGCUCCAUCGCCAUCGUUAUCCCCAGUUGUGCCCUCUAGGCAAACCUCCUCAACCAUUAGUCUUUCUGGGAAGAGUGCAAACGGUUUGGAUGAUUUAAUCUCUUUGACUUCUGGCCCAAGCAGUGCUGUUUCCAGAAGAAAAAAGAAGCCUGGCCGUGGGUAUGUCAACGUUCUAAAUAACUUGUGA